AUGAACAAUAACCAGGUAACUUCAGUUGUAUAUCUUUGAUUUGAAUUUUGUUUUACCUAUAGGUAAUGGACAGCCACGUACAUUGUUCAUACCAGUCAUUGAUAUUUUGUGGUAAUUACACUACUGGUGUAAUGUAUGUUCAUCAUACCAUGGAAAAACCACUCCAAUUGAUCAAAUACUGUAUGGAUUUCCCUCAUUGUAGUUAAAUGGAAAACCAUUCUCCUUCUCUCCACUUUCUCCAGACACCAGGUCCCCAGUAUGUGAACCAUGGGUUUCAACAGAGGGAGGGAAGACCCCCUCCAUACGCCUCUGCCCCAAAGAUGCCCAAUGUCCCCCCUUCUAUUUGCCCUCAGUACACCCCCCAGUACAUCCCCCAGACCAUCAAUACCCACCACAUGGUCACCCCUGGACUACCACACCCAUUUCCAGAACGAAAGGGUACAGUAUUUACCUUUCUAUUGAUAUUCCUCUGUUGAUAAACAUCAGAUGCCAUACUUAAAUGCAAAACAAGCCUUGCCAUGAUUACAUGUUUCCAGUGUGACACAGAUGUUAAAAGGGACCAAUGGUCAAAUUAUAUGUGAAUAUUUAGGUCUAGGGUUGAGAGUCCUUCUUUUAUGGUAAAUAGUAGAGCAAAAAGUGUUAUUGUUUGUAUUUUGAGUGUUAUUUUGUUUCUGCUCUCUUUCAGUGGUGAAGAAAAGUCACUGUAAAUGUAUUGUGGCCUCUAUCCUGAGUGUCUUAGUUCUCCUUGGGGCAACAGGAGUGUUGGUUUGGUAUUUAUGUACGUACAGUAGCUUGCGAAAGUAUUCACCCCCCUUGGCAUUUUUCCUAUUUUGUUGCCUUACAACCUGGAAUUAAAAUUGUUUUUUGGGGGGUUUGUAUCAUUUGAUUUACACAACAUGCCUACCACUUUGUAGAUGCAAAAUAUUUGUUAUUGUGAAACAAAUAAGAAAUAACACAAAAAAACAGAAAACUUGGGUGUGCAUAACUAUUCACCCCCCCAAAGUCAAUACUUUGUAGAGACACCUUUUGCAGCAAUUACAGCUGCAAGUCUUUUGGGGUAUGUCUCUAUAAGCUUGGUACAUCUAGCCACUGGGAUUUUUGCCCAUUCUUCAAGGCAAAACUGCUCCAGCUCCUUCAAGUUGGAUGGGUUCCGCUGGUGUACAGCAAUCUUUAAGUCAUUCCAAGACAUUUAAAUAUUUCCCCUUAAACCACUUGAGUGUUGCUUUAGCAGUAUGCUUAGGGUCAUUGUCCUGCUGGAAGGUGAACCUCUGUCCCAGUCUCAAAUCUCUGGAAGACUGAAAAAGGUUUCCCUCAAGAAUUUCCCUGUAUUUAGCGCCAUUCAUCAUUCCUUCAAUUCUGACCAGUUUCCCAGUCCCUGCCGAUGAAAAACAUCCCCACAGCAUGAUGCUUCCACCACCAUGCUUCACUGUGGGGAUGGUGUUCUCGGGGUGAUGAGAGGUGUUGGGUUUGUGCCAGACAUAGCGUUUUCCUUGAUGGCCAAAAAGCUCAAUUUUAGUCACAUCUGACCAGAGUACCUUCUUCCAUAUGUUUGGGGAGUCUCCCACAUGCUUUUUGGCGAAAACCAAACGUGUUUGCUUAUUUUUUUCUUUAAGCAAUGGCUUUUUUUCUGGCCACUCUUCCAUAAAGCCCAGCUCUGUGGAGUGUACGGCUUAAAGUGGUACUAUGGACAGAUACUCCAAUCUCCGCUGUGGGGUUAUCUUUGGUCUAUUUGUUGCCUCUCUGAUUAAUGCCCUCUUUGCCUGGUCCGUGAGUUUUGGUGGGCGGCCCUCUCUUGGCAGGUUUGUUGUUGUGCCAUAUUCUUUCCAUUUUUAAAUAAUGGAUUUAAUGGUGCUCUGUGGGAGUUCCAAGUUUCUGAUAUGUUUUAUAACCCAACCCUGAUCUGUACUUCUCCACAACUUUGUCCCUGACCUGUUUGGAGAGCUACUUGGUCUUCAUGGUGCCGCUUGCUUGGUGGUGUCCCUUGCUUAGUGGUGUUGCAGACUCUGGGGCCUUUCAGAACAGGUGUAUAUACAGUGAGGGAAAAAAGUGUUUGAUCCCCUGCUGAUUUUGUACGUUUGCCCACUGACAAAGAAAUGAUCCGUCUAUAAUUUGAAUGGUAGGUUUAUUUGAACAGUGAGAGACAGAAUAACAACAACAAAAUCCAGAAAAACAUAUGUCAAAAAUGUUAUAAAUUGAUUUGCAUUUAAAUUAGGGAAAUUUGUAUUUGACCCCCUCUCAAUCAGAAAGAUUCCUGGCUCCCAGGUGUCUUUUAUACAGGUAACGAACUGAGAUUAGGAGCACACUCUUAAAGGGAGUGCUCCUAAUCUCAGCUUGUUACCUGUAUAAAAUACACCUGUCCACAUAAGCAAUCAAUCAAUCAGAUUCCAAACUCUCCACCAUGGCCAAGACCAAAGAGCUCUCCAAGGAUGUCAGGGACAAGAUUGUAGACCUACACAACGCUGGAAUGGGCUACAAGACCAUCGCCAAGCAGCUUGGUGAGAAGGUGACAACAGUUGGUGCGAUUAUUCGCAAAUGGAAGAAACACAAAAGAACUGUCAAUCUCCCUCGGCCUGGGGCUCCAUGCAAGAUCUCACCUCAUGGAGUUGCAAUGAUCAUGAGAACUUUGAGGAAUCAGCCCAGAACUACAGAGGUUCUGGUGGCCAUCUGCUGAGGGGGAUACGCACGCCUUUGUGGCUGCUUGCCUGGUGUGCGCGCACACAAAGAGCUCACGUCAGCCCGCGGCAGGGCUGCUCCGACCCCUGCCUAUUCCCAAGCGCACCUGGUCCCACAUCUCGCUGGAUAUCAUUUCCGCCCUACCCCCCUCUGAUGGAUACACAGUCAUCCUGGUCGUUGUGGACCGGUUCUCGAAGGCUGCCCACUUCAUUCCCCUUCCCAAACUCCCAUCGGACCGGGAGACGGCUAAGUUGGUGGUGCAGCACGUUUUCCGGGUCCAUGUCCUUCCCCAAGAUGUGGUGUCGGAUCAGGGCCCUCCGUUCGCCUCCAGGUUCUGGAAGGCGUUUUCCACCUGCCUCGGCGCCUCCAUUAGCUUGUCUUCCGGCUUCCAUCCUGACUAGAUUUGUGUGUAUUGGGUAUAUGUUGUGAAAUUGUUAGAUAUUACUUGUUAGAUAUUACUGCACUGUCGGAGCUAGAAGCAGAAGCUACACCCGCAAUAACAUCUGCUAAACACGUGUAUGUGACAUACCAAAUUUGAUUUGACAUCAGAACAGCGAUUACUCACCUUGAACUGGAUGAAUAAUUUCACCCAACACCCGACAGGGCCCUCAUCCCCGUCAUUCGCAGUAGAAAGAAAAGGAGAUUUCGCGGAAGGAGAUCGGGGUGCUUGUUAAGGAGCCGGCGACGAGUGGCUAAUCUACCUUUGCCAUCGAUACUAUCAGACAACUUACAAUCGCUUGAUAAUAAAGUAGACGAACUACAGGCACGAAUAUCCUACUACCGGGACAUUAAAAACUGUAAUAUCUUAUGUUUCACCGAGUCAUGGCUGAACGAUGACAUGAAUAACAUACAGCUGGCAGGUUAUACACUGUAUCGGCAGGAUAGAACAGCAGCCUCUGGUAAGACAAGGGGUGGCGGUCUAUGUAUAUUUGUAAACAACAGCUGGUGCACAAUAUUUAAGGAAGUCUUGAGGUUUUGCUUGCCUGAGGUAGAGUAUCUCAUGAUAAGCUGUAGACCACACUAUUUACCAAGAGAGUUUUCAUCUAUAUUCUUUGUAGCUGUCUAUUUACCACCACAAACCGAUGCUGGCACUAAGACCGCACUCAAUGAACUGUAUACGGCCAUAAGCAAACAGGAAAACGCUCAUCCAGAGGCGGCGUUCCUAGUGGCUGGGGAAUUUAAUGCAGGGAAACUUAAAUCCGUUUUACCUCAUUCCUACCAGCAUGUUAAAUGUGCAACCAGAGGGAAAAAAACUCUAGACCACCUUUACUCCACAUACAGAGAUGCGUACAAAGCUCACCCUCGCCCUCCAUUUGGAAAAUCUGACCAUAAUUCCAUCCUCCUGAUUCCUUUAUACAAGCAAAUACUAAACAGGAAGCACCAGUUACUCGGUCAAUAAAAAAGUGGUCAGAUGAAGCAGAUGCUAAGCUACAGGUCUGUUUUGCUCGCACAGACUGGAAUAUGUUUCCCGGAUUCUUCCGAUGGCAUUGAGGAGUACACCACAUCAGUCACUGGCUUCAUCAAUAAGUGCAUCGAUGACGUCAUCCCCACAGUGACUGUACGUACAUACCCCAACCAGAAACCAUGGAUUACAGGCAACAUCCGCACUGAGCUAAAGGGUAGAGCUGCCGCUUUCAAGGAGCGGGACUCUGACCCGGAAGCUUAUAAGAAAUCCCGCUAUGCCCUCCGACGAACCAUCAAACAGGCAAAGCGUCAAUACAGGACUAAGAUAUAAUCAUACUACACCGGCUCCGACGCUCGUCGGAUGUGGCAGGGCUUGCAAACUAUUACAUACUACAAAGGGAAGCACAGCCACGAGCUGCCCAAUGACACGAGCCUACCAGACGAGCUAAAUUACUUCUAUGCCCGCCCUUAAGGCAAGUAACACUGAAACAUGCAUGAGAGCAUCAGCUGUUCCGGAUGACUGUGUGAUCACGCUCUCCGUAGCCGACGUGAGUAAGACCUUUAAACAGGUCAACAUUCACAAGGCCACAGGGCCAGAUGGAUUACCAGGACGUGUACUCCGAGCAUGCGCUGACCAACUGGCAAGUGUCUUCACUGACAUUUUAAACCUCUCCCUGACCUAGUCUGUAAUUCCAACAUGUUUCAAGCAGACCACAAUAGUCCCUGUGCCCAAGAACACUAAGGAAACCUGCCUAAAUGACUACCGACCCGUAGCACUCACGUCUGUAGUCAUGAAGUGCUUUGAAAGGCUGGUCAUGGCUCACAUCAACACCAUUAUCCCAUUAUCCCAGAAACCCUAGACCCACUUCAAUUUGCAUAUCGCCUCAACAGAUCCACAGAUUAUGCAAUCUCUAUUGCGCUCCACACUGCCCUUUCACACCUGGACAAAAGGAACACCUAUGUGAGAAUGCUAUUCAUUGACUGCAGCUCAGCGUUCAACACCAUAGUGCCCUCAAAGCUCAUCACUAAGCUAAGGACCCUGGGACUAAACACCUCCCUCUGCAACUGGAUCCUGGACUUCCUGACGGGCCGCCCCCAGGUGGUAAGGGUAGGUAACAACACAUCCGCCACGCUGAUCCUCAACACGGGGGCACCUCAGGGGUGCAUGCUCAGUCCCCUCCUGUACUCCCUGUUCACUCUUGACUGCAUGGCCAGGCACGACUCCAACACCAUCAUUAAGUUUGCCGAUGACACAACAGUGGUAGGCCUGAUCACCGACAACGACGAGACAGCCUAUAGGGAGGAGGUCAGAGACCUGGCCGUGUGGUGCCAGGGCAACAACCUCUCCCUCAACGUGAUCAAGACAAAGGAAAUGAUUGUGGACUACAGGAAAAAGAAGAGGACCAAGCACGCCCCCAUUCUCAUUGACGGGGCUGUAAUGGAGCAGGUUGAGAGCUUCAAGUUCCUUGGUGUCCACAUCACCAACAAACUAACAUGGUCCAAGCACACCAAGACAGUCGUGAAGAGUGCACGACAAAACCUAUUCCCACUAAGGAGACUGAAAAUAUUUGGCAUGGCUCCUCAGAUCCUCAAAAGGUUCUACAGCUGCACCAUCAAGAGCAUCCUGACUGGUUGCAUCACUGCCUGGUAUGGCAACUGCUCAGCCUCCGACCGCAAGGCACUACAGAGGGUAGUGCGUACGGCCCAGUACAUCACUGGGACCAAGCUUCCUGCCAUCCAGGACCUCUAUACCAGGCUGUGUCAGAGGAAGGCCCUAAAAAUUGUCAAAGACUCCAGCCACCCUAGUCAUAGACUGUUCUCUCUGCUACCGCAUGGCAAGCGGUACCGGGGCACCAAGUCUAGGUCCAAGAGGCUUCUAAACAGCUUCUACCCCCAAGUAAUAAGACUCCUGAACAUCUAAUCAAAAGGCUACCCAGACUAUUUGCAUUGCUCCCCAUCCCUAUUUUACGUUGCUGCUACUCUCUGUUUAUUAUCUAUGCAUAGUCACUUUUUAAUAACUCUACCUGUACAUAUUUCCCCAAUUACCUCAACUAACCGGUGCCCCCACACAUUGACUCGGUACUGGUACCCCCUGUAUAUAGCCUCGCUAUUGUUAUUUUUUCUGCUGUUCUUUAAUUAUUUAUUAAUUUAAUUUUUCGUGUUAUUUUAUGUUAUAUUUUUUUGUGAUUUCUUUUUUUUGUAUUCUUUCUUAAAACUGCAUUUUUGGUUAAGGGCUUGUAAGUAAGCAUUCCACUGUAAGGUCUACACCUGUUGUAUUUGGCGCAUGUGACUAAUAUAAAUUGAUUUGAUUUGAUUUGAAGAAUAUGCAUAUCCUUGCUUCAGGUCCUGAGCUACAUGCAGUUAGAUUUUGGUAUGUCAUUUUAGGUGAAAUUGAAAAAAAAAGGUCUGAUCCUUAAGAGGUUAAGAAACGUUUUUCAACAGAAUCGGCGGAAUGAAUACACCCCUGAUCACACGGAAACACAGUUCACUUUCAUGCCAGCCACGUCUCCCUCCCAUCCCGGAGGACCUGAGCCCUAGGACCAUGCCUUAGGACUACCUGGCCUGAUGACUCCUUGCUGUCCCCAGUCCACCUGGUCGUGCUGCUGCUCCAGUUUCCACUCUUCUGCCAGCGGCUAUGGAACCCUGACCUGUUCACCGGACGUGCUACCUUGUCCGAGACCUGCUGUUUUCAACUCUCUCUCUCUACCGCACCUGCUAUUUCAACCUCUAAAUGCCCAGCUAUGAAAAGCCAAGUGACAUUUACUCCUGAUGUACUGACCUGUUGCAACCUCUACAACCACUGUGAUUAUUAUUUGACCCUGCUGAUCAUCUAUGAACGUUUGAACAUCUUGGAGAAAAAUCUGGCCUUAAUGGCAAUGUACUGUUAUAAUCUCCACCUGGCACAGCCAGAAGGGGACUGGCCACCCCUCAGAGCCUGGUUCCUCUCUAGGUUUCUUCCUAGGUUUCUGCCUUUCUAGGGAGUUUUUCCUAGCCACCAUGCUUCUACAUCUGCAUUGCUUGCUGUUUUGGGUUUUAGGCUGGGUUUCUGUAUAGCACUUUGUGACAUCUGCUGUUGUCAUAAUUACUGUGUAAAUCUAUGGAAGGGGGUGAGAACCAUGAGCCUCCUAGGUUUUGUAUUGAAGUCAAUGUACCCAGAGGAGGUGGUGCUACCCUACAGAGUGCUGUUGAGGCUACUGUAGACCAUCUUUGCAAAAUAGUGUGUUGUAAUCAGUUAUUUGGUGACGUGAAUAUAUUUAGGGUAAUUUUAUCUAAAAGAACACAUUUUUAAAUGUUUUACAAUUAAACAAUUAAUGAAAUUCACUGAGGAGGAUGAUCUUCCCCUUCCUCCUCUGAGGAGCCUCCACUGGACUUUGGGGUUGGCAUGGAAACAUAGGGAUGCUAUAUAGUUGCUAUAUAAUACUUAGCUACUUUAUCCACCACAGAAGUAAACCCUGCUGUGUUCAUUUUGCGCCAGACUGGCCAUGCAGCUCUCUUUGUCCUACACAGUUAGUCUACGAAAAUGAGUAUGUUGGAUUGCAUUCUGUAAUGUUUCUCUGUUGGUUGUUGUCUUGCUUCCAGACUGUGGUGUCAGUAUAGCUGCCCCUUGGAGCCGAAUCGUAGGGGGGGACAUAGCAGUGAGCGGGGCCUGGCCAUGGCAGGUCAGCCUGCACGUCAGGGGCCAGCACUUGUGUGGAGGCUCCAUCAUCAGCCCUGAGUGGAUCCUCACUGCCGCCCACUGCGUAGAAACGUGAGUUCAACUGUGACUUAUUUAAAGGGAAUAAAAACAUGUUUUAUUAGCCAUUUCAAUUUUAAAAGCAUACGUUUCACAUCAUCAAACAUAAUCUGUUCCUCUCAGAGGAGUCUUCUGCAAUGAAGCUGAGGAGGAUGAUACUCCUCAAUGUUACAAUAUAAUAAAAACAAACAAAAGAAAAACCAUAAAACUAUUCAAAGCAUCCUUGUGAAUAAAACAACACUAUACUAUAGCAUGAUUGUGUGGUGGCAGCACGACAACCAUGAAAACAGGAGAGAUCACCUCAGGACAUACUGUUGUCUGUUACCUCUCUCAUUGUGUAUGGUAGGCUAUCAGGGCCCAGUCAGUGGACGGUGUAUGCUGGCUAUCUGACCUUGACCCAGAUGGCUUUUGCCACUGGGAAUUCAGUGGGACACAUCAUCUCUCAUGAAAAGUACGACAAGCAGACUAGUGAUAAUGACAUCGCUCUUAUGAAACUCAGUACACCCCUCACUAUGUCAGGUAAGUCCGUGUUCGAUUUCAGACAUUUGAAAAAGCAUGAUCCAAUAGAAAAUCCCUUUUGGGGUUUGGAAAAAGAAGAGUAUGAUGUGCAUUCUCACAAAUGGAUAGUAAAGUUGGAUUCUACCUUUUCAUUUUUGUGAAGGAAUCCUAACACGGUUAACAUUGCUUUUUAAAUAUGUCCAUGUUUUGAAAAACAUAUUAGAAUCGUAUACAACACUCCAAGCCAGUCUUAAGUCAGAUUCACAGUUGAUAUUCAAAUCAAAUCAAAUUGUAUUUGUAAACAGCAGGUGUAGACUAAGAGUGAAACGCUUACUUAAAGGCCCUUCCCAACAAAGCAGAGAGAAAUAAUAGAAAAAUAUUAACAUGAGGAAUAAAUACACAAUGAUAACUUGGCUAUAUACACGGGGUACCAGUACCGAGUCGAUGUGCAGGGGUACGAGGUAAUUGAGGUAGAUACAGCGCCUUCGGAAAGUAUUCAGACCACUUGACUUUUAUCAGAUUUUGUUACGUUACAGCUUUCUUCUAAAAUUGAUUAAAUUGUUUUUUCCUCAUCAAUACCCCAUAAUUACAAAACAAAAACAGGUUUUUAUAACUUUUUGUAAAUUUACAAAACAAAUCAAACAUUUACAUAAGUAUUCAGACCCUUUACUUAGUACUUUGUUGAAGCACCUUUGGCAGCGAUUACAGCAUUGAGUCUUCUUGGGUUUGACGCUACAAGCUUGGCACACCUGUAUUUGGGGAGUUUCUCCCAUUCUUCUCUGCAGAUCCUCUCAAGCUCUGUCAGGUUGCAUGGGGAGCGUUGCUGCACAGCUAUUUUCAGGUCUCUCGAGAGAUGUUCGAUCUGGUUCAAUUCAGGGCUCUGGCUGGGCAACUCAAGGACAUUCAGGGACUUGUCCCGAAGCCACUCCUGCCUUGUCUUGGCUGUGUGCUUAGGGUCGUUGUCCUGUUAGAAGGUGAACCUUCACCCCAGUCUGAGGUCCUGAGCUCUCUGGAGCAGGUUUUCAUCAAGGAUCUCUCUAUACUUUUCUCCGUUCAUCUUUCCCUCGAUCCUGACUAGUCUCCCAGUCCCUGCCUCUGAAAGACAUCCCCACAGCAUGAUGCUGCCACCCCCAUGCUUCAUCGUAGGGAUGGUGCCAGGUUUCCUCCAGACGUGACGCUUGGCAUUCAGGCAAAAGAGUUCAAUCUUGGUUUCAUCAGACCAGAGAAUCUUGUUUCUCAUGGUCUGAGAGUCCUUUAGGUGCCUUUUGGCAAACUUCAAGCGGGCUGUCAUGUGCCUUUUACUGACUAGUGGCUUCCGUCUGGCCACUCUACCAUAAAGGCCUGAUGGGUGGAGUGCUACGGAGAUGGUUGUCCUUCUGGAAGGUUCUCCCAUCUCCACAGAGGAACUCUGGAGCUCUGUCAGAGUGGCCAUCGGGUUCUUGGUCACCUCCCUGAUCAAGGCCCCUCCCCCCGAUUGCUCAGUUUGUCCGGGCGGCCAGCUCUAGGAAGAGUUUGCGUGCUUUCAAACUUCUUCCAUUUAAGAAUGAUGGAGGCCACUGUGUUCUUGGGGACCUUCAAUGCUGCAUAAAUGUUUUGGUACCCUUCCCCAGAUCUGUGCCUCGACACAAUCCUGUCUCGGAGCUCUACGGAUAAUUCCUUCGACCUCAUGGCUUGGUUUUUGCUCUGACAUGCACUGUCAACUGUGGGACCUUUAUAUAGACAGGUGUGUGACUUUCCAAAUCAUGUCCAAUCAAUUUAAUUUACCACAGGUGUACUCCAAUCAAGUUGUAGAAACAUCUCAAGGAUGAUCAAUGGAAACAGGAUGCACCUGCUCAAUUUCAAGUCUCAAAGCAAAGGGUCUGAAUACUUUUGUAAAUAAGGUAUUUCUGUUUUUGAUUUUUAAUAAAUCUGCCAAAAUUUUAAAAAAACCUGUUUUCGCUUUGUCAUUAUGGGGUAUUGUGUGUAGAUUGAUGAGGAAACAUUUUAAUUUAAUCAAUUUUAGAAUAAGGCUGUAAUGUAACAAAAUGUGUAAAAAGUCAAGGGGUCUGAAUACUUUCCGAAGGCACUGUAUGUACAUAUACUGUAGGUAGGGAUAAAGUGACUAGGCAACUUGAUAGAUAAUAAAUAGUAACAGCAGUGAAUGUGAUGAGUCAAAAGAGUUAGUUCAAAAAGGGUCAAUGCAGAUAGUCCGGGUAGCUAUUGGUUAACUCUUUAACUAACUAUGUAGCAGUCUUAUGGCUUGGGGGUAGAAGCUGUUCAGGGGCCCUGUUGGUUCCAGACGUACCACUUGCCAUGCAGUAGCAGAGAGAAUGGUCUAUGACUUGGGUGGCUGGAGUCUUUGACAAUUUUUAGGGCCUUCCUCUGACACCGCCUGGUAUAACCGCCUUCUGAGAGCCAACUAUAGUGUUAUGUUGCAGAUACGGUCAGACCAGUCUGUCUGCCCAAUGUCGGUGUGAAUCUGACUCCCCAGCGAGAAGCCUGGAUCUCUGGAUGGGGGUCCAUUACAAGUGGUGGUAAGACAACUCUUAUUACAGGACCAAUGACUGUCAUUAUUAAACACAAGUCAUCAAGCCAAAGGUUUUAGGACUAAAAGUGAUUGAUCUUUUUAAGAUUUAAAGAAGAGAAUACAUUUGUUGUAAUGAAGCCGUAUGAUUGACGACUCCAGGGUCGUCGUCAGAUAACCUGCGUCAGGCCCAGAUCACCAUGUACAGCAGAGAGACAUGUAAUGCACCGUUGGUGUAUGAUGGACUUGUCACUGCAUCUAUGAUCUGUGCUGGGACACUGGCAGGAGGAGUGGACUCAUGUCAGGUCAGAUUCACACAUAGAACCACACACGUGCAGCACAUACUGUAGGCUGUCUAAUCUUAAAUGGUUAUUCAUGGGAAGACUUUGUGGUUUUAGGGUUUUUUACUUUUUACUUGCUGCAUGUAUUCUUUAUUAUUUGAUCAACUAUGACAAUGUUUUGUUGGAUUAGUUGUUUUCUGAUUGUGUUAUGAUAGAGCGGAUGGUGGCAUAGUGAAGAAAUAAACUCAUGCUCUUGAAGGUACAGUGCAUUCAGAAAGUAUUCAAACCCCUUCACUUUUUCCACAUUUUGUUACGUUACAGCCUUAUUAUAAAAUCGAUUAAAUUGUUUUUCCCCUCAUCAAUCUACACACAAUACCUGGCUGGGCCACUCAAGGACAUUCAGAGACUUGUCCCGAAGCCACUUCUGCGUUGUCUUGGCUGUGUGCUUAGGGUCGUUGUCGUCUUGGAAGCUGAACCUUUGCCCCUGUCUGAGGUCCUGAGCGCUCUGGAGCAGAUUUUCAUCAAGGAUCUCUCUGUACUGCUCCGUUCAUCUUUACCUCGAUCCUGACUAGACUACAAAAAUGAUUUAAUCCAUUUUAGAAUAAGGCUGUAAUGUAACAAAAUGUGGAAAAAGUGAAGGGGUCUGAAUACUUUCCGAAUGCACUGUAUUAAAGUGAUGGUCCCAUUAGGUAAUGCUAACUUAGGGGGGGUGGGUCACUUUUGUGUCUUGCAGGGGGACAGUGGAGGACCAAUGGUGGCCAAGAAGGGUUCUGUAUGGUGGCUGGUAGGGGACACUAGCUGGGGUAUAGGUUGUGCCCUGAGGAACAAACCAGGAAUCUACGGCAAUGUCACCCACUUCCUCCCCUGGAUAUAUGAACAAAUGCAGGUAGGUACUAACAGUAGGACAAUGAUAACAGAAAGUGAUUUAUUGUAAGAUAAGACAGGGCAGGGGAAUAUACAAAUUAUUAAAAUAUAUAUAUAAAUCAUGGAGUCACCAAUCAGUGCAGUAUGUCCAAUAAAUUGAAGAUUAUUACUUUAAGACAUGUUUUAUCCAUUUUGAAUUUCCUUGCAGAAAAAUUGA